UCCUGGGUCACGUGGCGAGGGAGCGGCCCCGCCCCCACCCGCCGGAGUGCGCCUGCGCGGCCCGGGCCCGAUCGCUGCUGCCGGGCUCAGGCUGCUCCACGCGGCUCGCGCCGCCGGGAUGCUUUUCUAUUCGUUCUUCAAAUCCCUGGUGGGGAAGGACGUGGUGGUGGAGUUGAAAAACGAUCUGAGUAUCUGUGGGACCCUCCAUUCUGUGGAUCAGUACUUGAACAUCAAGCUGACCGACAUCAGCGUGACGGAUCCGGAGAAGUACCCCCACAUGCUGUCGGUGAAGAACUGCUUUAUCCGGGGCUCCGUGGUGCGCUACGUGCAGCUGCCGGCAGACGAGGUGGACACGCAGCUGCUCCAGGAUGCCGCACGCAAGGAGGCGCUGCAGCAGAAGCAGUGAUCUCCCCCCCGCUCCCCAAAACACGCCCCCCCCCCGUCGCAGGGGGCCCUGGGCAGAGACCCGCCCUACCCGGCUGCUUCCCUGCCAGCCUAAAAUCCUCCCUGCUCGGCAACUCCUGCCACUGGACCAUGGGGCAACUGGUGCUCCCGGACGCCUGGGUCCGUGGCUGCUCCCCGUCCUGGUUGGGAGCAGGAGCUGAGCCCCUAUCCAGGAGCCCGGAGGCCUGGGUUCUUCCUUUUCAUCCUAUGCAAGCCCAGGCCUCCGGACUCCUGGGUUCAUCUGAGCUUGUGCUCAGGAGGGAACAGGAAGAGCAGAGGGGAAUCCGGGGCCCUGCAUGGGGGCUCAGCUUCUACUCUAGAGAAUUGGGUGGGGCUGUGCCCUUUCUAGGGCCCUGGAUGCCUGGGUUCAAUCCCCCUGCCCCCCAAUAUCCCCAGAUCUAGGACACCUGAAUUCUGUGUGCUCCCUGAGCUGCUUAUCUCUCAUGGGAUGAAUAUCGGGGCAGUUCCUAGGUUUGUUGUGUCUCUCCCCCUUUGGGGAAAAGAUUUUGCAGGGGGUCCCUUUUAGUUCUGGUUUGAAUCUCUCCAGCCCCCCUCUUUCACCUCCAGGGCCAUGGCCAGUUAACCCUCAUUUUUAUUUUUAAACUCUAAUUUCUCCCUAUUCUGUAAGGGGGGGUGUUUAGUCCCCCCCACCAUAUCUUUGGGCGGGGGCAGGGACUGAGCUCCUGGGGUGCCAUUAACCCCAGUCGCUCCCCAGCGGGCAGAAAUCUGGAAGAGUUGUGGGGUGUUUGAAUUUCCUCUCCAUUUCACGGGGGGUGGGGGGCUGAAGUUUUUUUAGGGUUUGGGCUGAGGGGGCUGAAGGGCUUUUUGUAUGUUUGAUUCGUGGCUCGAAGACUUAGGCGGAAUAAAAGUUUGGAGCCUGGUUACAAACUUUUGUUCUUG